ACUGUAUUUCCUGGAUCUGCUGUGUUUGGCAGAUCUGAGCAACAGAGUGGACGAAGGCGGAUGCUCGUAUUCCGAUCUAACUAGAAGAAUUGACUUGCCUUCGAAUAUUAUCAUGUAGCUGGAUUCGUUGACGAGGAGACCUUUGAGCGGGUUUGAGUUGGGGCGAGCUGAAAAACAUGGCGACGGUGACACCUGAUGUUGGAGUUGGAGGGGGAGGAUGGGCUGCAAUAGCCCGGAAAGACGCUGCGGUGGAGAAGAAACUCGACAUCCCAGCCCUGCUUUCUACAGAGGGAUUGAAAACUGUAGUGGUCGAUGCGAAUGCGAUAAUUGGAGGUGGGAGUAAACUCUCCGGGAUCGCUGACCAAUUUUUUACUAUCAAGGAGGUUCUUCAGGAAGUCAGGGAUCCCGCCUCAAGGUUUUAUUUGGCGACUCUUCCUGUUACCAUAAAUUGCCUGGAGCCGUCUGAAGAAGCCCUCGCGAAAGUCGUACGAUUCGCGCGAGCCACAGGAGACCUGCAAGCUUUAUCAGAGGUGGACAUGAAGCUUAUAGCACUGACAUACACUUUGGAAGCCCAAGUGCAUGGGACUGAGCAUAUUCGUACUCAACCUCCCCCUCUCAUCCUUACACGGAAAACCAACGGUCCAGGACUGAAAGACCCACCGGGUUGGGGUAGUGUGCCGAAUCCUGAAGAGUGGGAAGGCAUUGAUGAUGAAGAAGAUGGCGCCAACACCGGUUCUCGUAUUAUGGGCUUGAAGACUCUGUCUCUGGACGCACCGGAGUCGAUUGUGACAGGGGAUCAUGGCCUGUCUGGAGCCGAUAGCGAGAAAGACCUGGUCGGAGAUUCUGCUGCUGUCCACGAUUCAAAGAGCACUGGAGAUCCAAUUUCGGAAGGCGAGGAAUCUGCUGCUGUCCACGAUGCAGAGAGGAAUGGAGACGGAGUUGAGGACGGUCAUAUUUCUGCUCCCAGACCUGUUCGAGAGGAUGACGAAACUCCUUACUCCGCUACUAACGCCGAGAGCGCUCAAACUCUUAGCCAGUCAGUUCAAGAGGCUGACAGCAGCAAGAGUCUCGAUAUUGCUGCUGUACCAUCCAUUUCUGUCGAAGAAAAGUCCGCGGCUAAAGCGCAGGUCGAUGAGGGUGGUGAUGACUGGCAAAGAGCCUUGAGCAGAAGUACCAGGCGCCAAUAUUUAAAAAGAGAGCAAAGACGUGCUGCCAGGCUAAAGUGGGCAGAAGAACAGGCAGCCAACAAUGUCCAGGACACAGGUAUGAGGGAAGGGGAAGGAGAACAAGCAGCUGAAGAAAGUUUGGUACAAGCAGCUGAGGGGGCUGUCCUUUUCAGGCCUUCAAGUGCAGACGUAGAUUGUGGCGAAGAAGAAGCUCAGCUCGUCCAUGGCUCCCUUGAACAUGGCAGUGAAGGGUUAGACGGGGCCGAGAGUGUCGAUGACCACAGCGGUCAGGAUGAUGCGGCCAGCAAUAUAGAUGCUGCAUCCUCAGCAGUUGACACCGAGCAAAGCUGGGAUGUGGGACCCUUGUGGACAUCUAGCAUCGCAUGCAUGACGGGAGAUUACGCUAUGCAAAAUGUUAUCCUGCAGAUGGGUCUACGCCUUCUUUCAACCUCCGGCCAGCACAUCAAGGAAUUAAACAAGUGGAUUUUGAAAUGCCAGGCUUGUGGCAAAGUAACCAAUGAGACCGGGCGUUUGUUUUGUCCCAAAUGCGGCAACGGAGGAACACUUUUCAAGGUGUCCAUCACUGUCGGACCCAAUGGCACCGUGCACGCGGGUCGCAGUCGGCGCCCCAUUCUACGGGGCACAAGGUACUCUCUGCCUCUUCCUAAAGGCGGUAGAGAAGGAGCUUUGAAGAAUCCCAUUUUGCGGGAGGAUCAGUUACCUGCCAAGCCUCGCAAAGCCAAGAAGCCUGAAUUUGAGGCCUUCAGUUCCUCCGAUGUAGUAUUUUCACUGUCUCAUGAAAGGAAAGGUGAGAAGGGGGCUGCUGUAAAAUCGGCUGCCGCGAUUUUCUCUGGGAGAAGAAAUCCCAACGAAAGGCGAAAAAUAGCCAAGUAGAAAAUCAUUUUUGUCGAACAAGGCACGUGUCGGAAGAAAAGUAGUGUUUGUAUUAUCCUAAAUUGUACAGUUCAAUUUUGAAUUGCGAUUCUUCGGCUGGCUGGUGGGGCAUUUUUUUGCUUCCAACUGUAGUCCCUGGCACCAAAGAGGUGGGGAUCCUUUGACAGGAGCCUGUAGGUCUCCACCUCGUGAGUUUGGUUGCCGUUUCAUUGUGAUAGGAGUGGCAAGAUAAGUUUCGCUCUCGAGCCUUUAUUUCUCCAUUGGCAUGAAGUCAUCAUGGAAAUAUACCUUCAAUGUGAACAUGAAGAGGUGGGAUGACAGUUCUUCAUCUGGGUUUGAAGCCUCGCACUUUCACUUCUGGCGAUGAUUGCCAUGCGCUGCUUUGGGACGUACCCACUGACAUCGAAUUCUCUGCGCUAUUUCUCACAGAAAUAAAGAGCGGGUUGCCCAGUAUUAUCAGUGU